GAAAACAGGUGGCGAAAAAAAUAGAACUGUUUUUACUAUCACGGCAUCUGCAAUAUAAACAAAAGAGGUUUUCUUCUGACGUGCAUAUAUAAGUAGAACUUGAGGGCACCAUGGGAUAUUAUUUCGGAACUAUUGAAGCUGAGAAUGUUCAAAGUAUCGUUUCUUAAGAUUUUUGUCGCAUCUUUAUGGAUCCUGUGUUUCCUCGUCGCCAACGUUCCAUGCGACGAAAUGAACGAGGAGUCGGAUAGGAUUUCCGUCCCCACCACUGCCAGAACUAAACAAGGAAAUGUGGAAGGUAGGAUUGUGUCUUUCAGGGGCAUACCUGUCCGAGAAUUCCUUGGAGUGCCCUACGCCAAACCACCUCUAGGACAGAGACGAUUCAAAAAACCGGAGCCUAUGGACUCGUGGUCGGGCACACGCAAGGCUGUCAACCAACCUCCAGCAUGUACCCAGAUCACGGACAACCCGUUCCCCUGGUAUGACUUCGAGCCGGGUAAGAGCGAAGAUUGUCUGUACUUGAAUAUUUGGGCACCGGCAGGGCCCUGGGCCAGGAAUAAAGCUGUCAUGUACUGGAUGUUCGGAGGAGGGUACUUCAUCGGUUCCAUUCGCAAGCCCAUUUACGAUGGCCGGGCUAUCGCAGCUAGAGGAGACAUCAUAGUGGUCACCGUCAGUUAUCGUCUGGGUUCUUUUGGAUUUCUGACUUCUGGAACUGAAGAUGCACCAGGCAAUAUAGGAAUAUGGGACUCUCUGGCUGGUCUGCAGUGGGUCAAAGACAACAUCCGCGCCUUCGGUGGAAAUCCAAACAAAAUUACACUUGCCGGAGAAAGUGCUGGAGCCGUCACUGCCGGACUCUUAUCCGUCUCUCCCCUGGCACGAGGGCUCUAUGUUGGUCAGAUAAUGGAAAGCGCAUCGCCUGCUUGGCUCAUCACCGAAAACAAGACCAUGAACUUGGGCAAGAGUCAACAAGUAGCCCAGCUAGUGGGCUGUGCCAAUCAGUCCUACACCAUCGAGGACCAUCCGCAAGAGGUCGUCGCCUGUCUCAGAGAUGUGGAUGCUCUGGAACUGAGCAAGGCGGAAACGAGCCUGAUCCCUCACUCUUCCAGGAGCUACCUACCUACCUAUGGCGACGAAAUCAUCCCACAGAAUGCCAGGAUAGCUAUUGCUCAGGGCAAUUUCCAGAGGAAUCCUGUCCUAAUCGGAAACAACAAAGACGAAGGAGCCUUCCAGAUCUCGACCAGUAACCCUGACCUGUACGGCUUUUUCGGCGAGAAAAACCCGAAUAUCAGCAAGAGCCAAGCCAAGGAGAUGCUACGAAACAUCUUCACCAGCUUCGAUUUCCCGGAUCCGGAUGCUGCUGUGAACUUCUACUUGCCGGACAGUAUCGAGGAAGACGAAUACGAUCUGUCCAGGCGCCAGCUCUACACGGGAUCCGGUGAUUUUUCGCUGCUCUGUCCCACCGUGUACUUCGCAGAGAGCUUCGCCUCAAGGGGCAGCGACGUCUACUUCUAUUUCUUCACAAAGCGCCCCAGCACGACUCCCUGGGCGCCUUGGCUGGGUGUAACCCAUUUUGAAGAGGUCCAGUUCGUAUUCGGAUCUCCUCUGAAAAAUCCUCAGGACUACGAAGCGGGAGAAACUACUCUGAGUGCGGAAAUCAUACAGAACUGGUCUCGAUUUGUGAAGAAUGACGUGGCCGAAAUACUCUCGAGAGAAUCCAAUCCUUCGCAUUUUGGACGUGGGAUCAAACAAGACGGGCAUGGGACCGCAUAGGGACCACUGCGACUUUUUCAGGCCUUACUUUGGAUUCUGA